UCCGCCGCGAACGGCGAGGCGCUCUCGAAUAUGCGAUAAGAAUUAAUGCCAUAUACAGUAAACCUGUGUCCAUAGUAAUAACACCUUCAGUACGGUUCUCACAUAACAUGGAACAGUGAUGGAUGGCUGAAAUCCUUAAACAACGAUUAGUGACAAUGUCGAAGGUCCCCAUAGAGAAGAAUGGUGAAUUACUCCAAUCUUCGGGUACACGAGACACUUACCCUACAGAUCAUCCUAAAAUGAAAAUGCUAGAAACUAUCCAUCCUACUACAAUUUGUAAAGAAAUGAGCGAAUCUAACAGCGACAAAAAAAGCAAAGAGCAAACGUCGAAGAAAUCAUAUGUUUCACUUAUACCGAAAAUGAAUCAGAAUUUUGAAAAGGUUGUGGAACAAAAUCCGAGGAUUCUCGAUCUGCGUGAAAAACUUAACGAAAUAACUAAAAACCAAAAUCGUAAUGUCGAUAAGAAGACCAAGGGGUUGAUCAACGAUAUAACACAACAAUUAGUUGAUGACAAAGGCGUUGAUGAUUCUGGACCUUAUAGCCUUUUAUUUGAUCUUCAAACGGACCCGUCCACAUCGCACAAAGAAAGUGGUGGAAUCGGUGCAUUGGGAUCAGAAAAAAAUAUUGGCAAUGCAAGGCAAAAUCUCAAUAAAUCUACCAGCUGUCUUAACAAAAAUGCAGAUCGACAUCCCAAUGUCUUGGAUUUUGAUGAGAAACCCAUGAGAGAAUUCGAGUACUCUUGUGAAAAUGAUUAUAAUUUUCCAGCUAAGAAAACUUUCAAUACACAUUCUCGAUCUGAUCUUUGUUUGCAACUUAAGUCACAUAACCCAGCACGAAAUUUCGAAUCCAAUCUUAGUCCAAAUGAAAAUUCACUAAGCAGAACCAAUGAAGAAAAUUCAUUAGAUGAUAGCUUAGGCAUCUUGACUCCUGAUCAAAUGGAUGAUAUGUGCUACCUGGACAAUACCUUUUCUCCUACUGUAGAGGGACUACCAAGUUUUUAUAAUAACAAUGAUUGUAAAAUAUCCCCUGAUAAUGGAGACACUCCUUCAACGGAAAAAACUGACAGUAACUCAGCAGCAUCAACUAUACAAAAUGAAGGUUUUGAUAGCUUGGACAGCAAAAAACCCAAGUCCGAAAGUUAUCUUCCUACGAUUACAGCAACAGACAAUAAUGUACAUCCCAAUUUGAUAACAGUAAUUGAAGAGAGUUCAACGCAGAAUGUUUGUCAUGAUACAUCAGACGUAUUCAAAUCAAACAAUUUAGACAAUGAAGACGCAACACUUAUAAAGGAAAAUGUCGGAACCAGCAUAGAUGAAGAAUUUAUGCCUUCUGUUCAUAGCAGUAUUUUGGAGCCCGCCAGUUCUAUUGCUGAUAAUACUGUGAACUUAGAAAUACCACUAGAUUGCAAGCACGAUAAUCGGAUUGUCGUCAACAGAGUUGAGCAAACUCCAUCACCUGAAGAUUUACCACUGGAUCACUCGGACCUCAAUGGUGAAAUUAGUACAUAUUCCCAAUUUUCGGCUUCCACGUUACACGAAUCGCAGACCUACUCUGACAGUAAAACCGACUACACAAAAUCUAUGGAGACAUCCAAAGUAUCUAACAGCUUCAUCACAAGUAUCACUAGUAUUACCAGUUUGGACGGUUAUCAAGGAGAUGGUGAAAUGUCGAGGCCGGUGAGCAGAGGUGCAGACCAUUCUAUAAGUCAUCGUGAAGAUGUUAUAGAAAUGGACUGGCAGAAUGUUCCUGUGACUAGAAGGACAGAUCCAAUGACUGACUCAGAUUUUUUCACUGAAAGUGACGCUGAUGGUUUAGAUGACAACGCAAUGCAACGCGGCGAUCGGAGAGCGCAAGUCAUUGAUGGAGCUCUUUACGGUGGAAAGAACGGUAAUGGUAACCCGCCGUUGAUAGUGAACAGGAAUGACGACUCUUGCAUGGAAUCCAGUGGAGUAUACACAGACUUUGAAAAUCACCGUUCAUCACCAGUAUUUUUGAACGUAAUUGAUGAUUUGUCUCCUGAAGGUUCAACGCCAUCGACGCGGUCUGAAUGUAGCCAGAAAAAUGGCAAUACCACAAAAUUCGAUGAAGGUGUUAUCCCUCUUGAUAGUAAUGAUAAAAACUCCGAACAACCUCAAGUAGUUGGGGCUGAAACGCCAAGAAAUUCUAGCAAGAGGAAUUCUUUGAAUAGCGAAAAGGGCAUUUCAGUUGCCGAGAAAAGCAAAGAAGAAAAAAGAAGUUUCACUCUAAAAAAGUAUAAAAUGCCUAAGCGCGAUGUACCCAGUAAGUUAAAAAGUAUGUUGGCUACUAGUGUUCAAAAUGGUUCCAACAAAAAUAUCCUUAAAAAACCUGAUAGAAGAGAGAAUUUGUCUAAGAAAAAUUCACUAGAUCUGAAGACAGAUUACAAAACAAAGUCAUUUAAAGAUAUUAAAUCUAAAGUUGACAGUUCGUUAUCCUUACAGCGAUCACAAACUGCGUGUAGUGUUAAUAGAAUGUUAAGUUCGAAGUCCAGUAACACCAACGCUAAACCUAAGAGCCGGCAUAUGCGUAUGCGCAUGGACCUGGGCUCAGCGGCGGGCAGCGGCAAAAGCAGUCUGCAUAGCUCCCAGAGUGACAUCAGCGCCAUCAGCACCCCAUUGCCGAAGCACGCAACCAGUCGCUUCCCCUUGUUGAGGAAUGCGAAGAAGCGGGACAGCGUCCCGCCGCCGACCGCCAAUUCCCGGCCCCCCGCCACCCCUCCACAAACCCCUCCUUCGAUAAAAGCUAAGAAGAAUGGCGUCGUGCAGAAACUCGCAUCAUCCCCUGCGUCGGUGCGUGUUCGCAACACCGCUGUCGCUCCGCCUCCUUCGCCGCGUAAGCCCACCCCUCUCCGAGUACCUGCUCAGAGGCCUAACACUCUGCCUACUAACAAUAAAGAUACUCCUAAAGUUGCGGCGGCGGCGGUGGGGCCACGCGGCAAGCGGGUACAGACACCGCAACCCACACGAACGCCGCCACCUGCUUUGCUCACUGCUCCACAACCCGUUGUUCCACUAGAGCAGACUGUUGCCUUAGCACAUGCUGCUAAAGGCGUUGAAGCUUUGGGCGUUUUAGUCCAAUAUUUAGUGUUUCGAUUGGAUGCACUAAAUGGCAACUCUUGGAAGUUGGAAGCUGAUCGGUGGCGAAGCAUGGCUGCGGCUGAGCGCAGUAGUGCCGCUCGUGCCGACCGCGACCGUCAACAGCGCGCGCAAAAGGAUCUUGACACCAUUGCUGAAUGCCUGAGCAAGAUCUCAGAGCUAGAGAUGGAGGUGUCGUCCAAGGAGGAAGCUAACGCUUGUCUCCAAGCCGCGCACAUUGAAGAGGUCACUGCGCUGGCUAAUGACAUAAAGGGGCUUAAAGAUACGAUAGAGUCCUUGAAACACGAGGUAGCAGAAAGUCGGGCGCGGUUGUAUGCACAUAAUGAAAUUGAGCGUACCUUGCGCGCACAGCUGGAAGCGGUGCGGGCCGAGUUGGAGCACGCCAAUGAUUGUGCUGCAGCACAGGCUACACUACAAGUGAAUGGGACUGAUGUGCAGGUUGAGCCAUUACUUCCUUGUGACAAGUCCUGCGAAAUGUGCGACGCAGCCUGCGACCCAGUGUGCUGCGAAGCGGAAGAUUGUGAGAUACGGCUAAAUGAAGAAUUGAGCACGGAUGCCAAUGAGUUGGCAGCUGAGGUUCGGUCUCUGCGAGCUGUGAUAGAGCUAAAGCAAGCUGAGAUGGCUUCUCUACGAGACGCACGGACUCAACUAGUGGUGGAACGUGAGCGGCGCAUUGCGGCAGAGCGGGACAUGCACGCAGCGCUGCAAGCGUCUGAGGAACUACGGGAACGCGCCGCGGCGAGGCAAAGAGACGCUGAUCGACUUCGUGAUGAUAAUCGUCGCCUCCGUGAUGCUGCUGCGAGAGACCGGGAUCACGCACAGAGGCUCGCUGCUCUCAAUGAGGAACUCAGAUACAAGCUCAGGCAAAAGUCACAGGUGGUGUCACUGUUGGCGGGUGGUGGAUACAUCGAGCGGACGCCGAUGCGAGCGCGCACAUCUUCGGGCGACUCAGGCCGGUCAGCGUCGCCGCCUCCAGACUCGCCACCUUCUCCUGCCGCGUCCCCCUCUCCCGACUCCCCGCCGCUGCCUGCUGUUAAGGGUGUCGUCGAGAAACAUGACUCUGUAAGCUGGGUUCUCGAGAUUGAAGAGACUCCAGAAGAAGUCGCAUCGAGACUGGCGCGCAAGUCGUCGUUCCGUGCGGGCGCGUCGCCGAGCGGCGUGAAGAGGCGUGGUGGCGGUGGGUCCCCAGGCGGCGGCUCCCCCGCACCUGCCUCCCCUGCGCCCAACGCCUCCAAGUUGUUUAGGCCGGGUGAUAUCGACUUUCCUCCGCCCCCACCGCCGCUCAAAGAAUCCGCUGGCGAGGCCAUCUACAUUUACGACGACCGCCAGUACUGAGGCCCGACCCCAUUGGAGCGGUUCGUCAUCGUCACUCAAUACUAGUCUUGUGAUAGCGCAGUCGAUGUGCAGACUGUCUACGGAAAAAAAUGUAUGUUACUAAAGUGUAAAAUGUUAUACAAAACGGAAUGGACCUAUAAAAUAUUCUUGCCGUAUAAGAUUAUUUUGCAUGCAGACGUGUAGUUUUACGAAAAUGUGGGACCCAGCGGGCGAGUCUAUGCAAUUUAUUAUAAUGUAAGAGAUUUAUAUGAUUCGACUGCGAUGGUAAUGUGUAUGAUUGCUUUCAAUCAAGCUAAUUCAACGGACUUAACGGCGAAUACGAGCUUGGAUUGUCUCGAGUACCUAGAUGUAAAAGUUUGCAAUUUCUCAUUAAUAAUGAUAUUACAAGCAAUACCGUAGAUAUCAUGAUAUAGUUAAAUUAUACUCGUAUUCUUAAUUUACUUCAAAUGUUUGUCAUGUGAGGAUGAAGUUUGAAAUAAGUUAAGUAGUUCCAUAAUCAAGAUAAACUGCUUUUCUAAAAUCCUGGUCUUGAACCUAUACUUCAUUCACUUAGGCUACGAUUUGAAGGAAAGUGUUUUGUGUACCUG